AUGAGGAUCCAAACGGUUAUCUUGUGCUGUGCCAUUCUGGCCAUUUGCCUGGUGAAGCGCAGCGACGGACAAUCAUCUACGACAGCUCCGGCAACAACAGCCUCCGACACCACCACAGUUGCGAGUACGGCCACCACAGUUGCGAGUACGGCCACCACAGUUGCGAGUACGGACACCACAACCGCCAGCUCGGCCACCGCAACCACAACGACAGCUAGCUCUGGAGCCACCACCACCGCGAGCAGCAGUGGCAAUGCUGCCCGGAGGCGUCUGCUGCGUCGCAUAAGGGUCCUGCAGCGCAGACUGCAGCAUUGCAGGCGACACUCGGCCCAUCAGAGGAAGGUGCUGCUUAACAAGAUCAAGAGCCUGAAUGCAAGCCAAACCAAUCUGAAGCCCAGCUUUAACAAGCUGUUCGGUUAA